GACACGCAGUCCUCGUUAUUCACGGUUUUGUGCACUCGCCACCACAAUAAAAUUAAGACUGUCCCUUGCUAAACCCCCCUCCCUCGACCCAAAGUUCUUGUCAAGAAUCGUCUCAAAUCCUCUCUUCUUCAGUUUGCUCCAAGGUUACCUGAGAUUGAAAUGAGAGGAACAAUGCUGACAUCCCUUCUUAGAAGCUCCAUUUCCGACGCUUCUCGCGUCUCGCGCCGCGGGUUCUCCUCCGAGUCAGCCCCCGAGCGAAAAGUUGCCAUCUUGGGAGCCGCCGGCGGGAUCGGUCAGCCGCUGUCUCUACUCAUGAAGCUCAAUCCCCUCGUAUCUCACCUUUCUCUUUAUGAUAUUGCUGGAACACCGGGUGUGGCUGCUGAUGUUAGCCACAUCAACACCAGAUCUGAGGUGGUUGGCUUUAUGGGAGAGGAAAACCUGGGCAAAGCUUUGGAAGGAGCUGAUGUUGUCAUAAUUCCAGCUGGUGUCCCACGGAAGCCUGGUAUGACUCGUGAUGAUCUCUUCAACAUCAAUGCUGGCAUUGUGAAAUCUCUCUGUUCUGCCAUUGCCAAGUAUUGCCCGAAUGCCCUUGUCAAUAUGAUUAGCAACCCUGUGAACUCAACUGUCCCAAUUGCUGCUGAGAUCUUCAAAAAGGCCGGAACUUACAAUGAGAAGAAACUCUUUGGUGUCACAACCCUUGAUGUGGUCCGGGCCAAAACUUUCUAUGCUGGAAAAUCUAAUGCUAAUGUUGCGGAGGUCAAUGUACCAGUAAUUGGUGGUCAUGCAGGCAUAACAAUCCUCCCGUUGUUUUCUCAAGCUACACCAAAACCCAACUUAUCCGAUGAUGUAAUUGUUGCACUUACAAAAAGAACCCAAGAAGGUGGUACAGAAGUUGUGGAAGCUAAGGCCGGGAAGGGUUCAGCCACACUCUCGAUGGCAUAUGCCGGGGCCAUAUUUGCAGAUGCUUGCUUGAAGGGAUUGAAUGGAGUUCCUGAUGUUGUUGAAUGUUCCUUUGUGCAGUCAACCAUUACUGAGCUUCCUUUCUUUGCAUCCAAGGUGAGACUUGGGAAAAAUGGAGUGGAAGAAGUCUUAGGGUUAGGUUCACUCUCCGACUUCGAGAAGGAAGGACUGGAGAAACUGAAGCCUGAGCUUAAGUCCUCUAUUGAAAAGGGAAUCAAGUUUGCCAGUGAGAAUUAAGAAACUCACUCCCCCUUUUGCAUCGAAUUUGAGUUAGAAUUUUGAAUAAUUUCGGGCAAUUGUUGUCAAAGUCUUAUUUUUGUUUGAGUAUCUGCUAAUGGCUUUAGAUUUAGCCAUUUCAAAUUCAUGCAGACAAAGGUUAAGGUGAAGUUCUGCUUCAAAUAAUAUCGAAUUAAUUGAUGAGAGGAUAUGUGCAUCCUUAUCCUAUUGCCAUUGAGUCCUAGACAAUUCUUGUUGUAUUAGAUGUAACAAUGUUUAUUAAGCUUCUCAAUCUUAUUAUACCUCUGAGGCUCUGAACUCUGAUAGUGUGAUCUGAUUCUCCAAAUUGUCAUUUUUUUAUUGAACCCCAACUAUUUCCACACAAAUCUCAG